CAACCCUGAGCUAAAACGACGUCGUUUUAUUGUCGGGUUCAUUUAAACUUAAAAAUUGUGAAUAUCCUGUACGGAAGUGAAGUCCCAUCGUCAAGCACGCUACCAUCCGACGGACUAACGGCACUACUUUAUUCACUCUUCUUUCCAUUCCAGCCCGGAGAGAAACAAACGAAUACCUUUUCUUUUACUCGACUGAAACGUUUCUUUUCCAUAGCCAUAAAGAUUGCCUUUCCCAAGAUCGAAAUUUAUCGCAUUGGGAACUGCGUAUACAGUUCAUAGAGAUGCAACCAGAUAUUAGAAAAUGGUUAAUGAAGGCCCAUGACAAAGGCAAUGGUAAUGCUGCAAAGCCUGCACAACUUGCUACAACAAAAACAGAGAAGAAACCUCCUUCAGUGGAGUCAAAGCCUGAAAGACCUGCUCAAGGAGGGGAAGAAAAUUCUGGCAGAAGGAAAACUAGCAAAUAUUUUGCAAAGGACAAACAAAAGCCAAAAGCGGAAAAAGAAGUUGAUGAGCUUCCAGCAAAGAGAAAAACUCAAAAUGAUGCUAACGAAUCUGUCAAACUGCCACCUUUAAAGAAAAUUCACAAGGUUGAUGAUGGAGGAGAUGACGAUGACUUUGUUUUGCCUGAUAAGAAGAAGUCUGUUGAUGCCACUCCUAGUAAGAAAUUGAAGACUGUCUCUGGCAGGGGAGUUGCUAAGAAGGCUGUAGAUGAUGAUUCCGAUGCUGAAGAUGAUCCUAAGGAUGAAUCUCCUCUUAAGUCUGGUGGAAGAGGGCGCGGUGGUAGGGGUGGAUCAUCAGCAUUGGCUGGUGGAAGGGGCAGAGGUAGUGGCCGGAGUGGAUUUAUGAAUUUUGGUGAAAGGAAAGAUCCUCCACACAAAGGAGAAAAGGAAGUUCCUGAAGGUGCACCUGACUGUUUGGCUGGUUUGACAUUUGUAAUUAGUGGAACUCUUGACAGAGUUUCAUUAGCACUGGAUCAUGCUAGCUAUAUCGUCAUCAAUUCUUGCAGUUUGGAAAGAGAAGAAGCAGAAGAUUUGAUUAAACGGCAUGGGGGUCGUGUUACUGGAUCUGUCAGCAAGAAAACUAAUUAUCUAUUAUGUGAUGAGGAUAUCGAAGGACGAAAAUCUAGCAAAGCCAAAGAGCUUGGAACUCCUUUCCUUACUGAGGAUGGAUUGUUUAAUAUGAUACGGUCAUCUAAGGCAAAGGCCCCUGCACUUAAUGAGGCAAAGGAGUCUGUCAAGAAAGUUGCUUCUCAGCCAAAAAAAAGUCCUGAAAAAGCAGAAGUUAAAUGCAACUCUAUAACAAAAAAUGGGAGUCGCAAAGAUUCUACCUCUGGUGUCUCUCCUGCUAAGCAGAAGGAGCGAACUAACAUAUGUUCUUCCCUUCCGUGGACAGAGAAAUAUAGGCCAAAAGCUCCAAAUGAUAUCAUUGGGAAUCAGUCAUUGGUUAACCAACUUCAUAGUUGGUUGAAAAAUUGGGACGAACAGUUCCUUGGUACCGGAAAUAAAGGAAAGAGCAAGAAACAAAAUGAUUCUGGUGCCAAAAAAGCAGUGCUAUUAAGUGGGACACCUGGUAUAGGCAAAACAACAGCAGCAAAGCUAGUCAGUCGAAUGCUUGGUUUCCAGGCAAUUGAGGUAAAUGCUAGUGAUAGUCGGGGAAAGGCUGAUAACAAGAUUAGCAAGGGAAUUGGUGGAAGUAAUGCAAAUUGUAUAAAGGAACUUGUCAGCAAUGAAGCUUUGGGUGUUAACAUGGAUAGGUCAAAGCAUCCAAAAACAGUGCUUAUCAUGGAUGAGGUAGAUGGUAUGUCUGCAGGGGAUAGAGGUGGAGUUGCUGAUCUUAUUGCUAGCAUAAAGAUUUCGAAAAUUCCCAUUAUCUGCAUUUGUAAUGAUCGUUACAGUCAGAAACUAAAAAGUUUAGUGAACUACUGCUUACUUCUUAGUUUCCGGAAACCUACAAAGCAACAGAUGGCAAAGAGGUUAAUGCAAGUUGCAAAUGCAGAACGCCUUCAAGUUAAUGAGAUUGCACUCGAGGAACUUGCGGAAAGAGUGAAUGGAGACAUGCGCAUGGCACUAAACCAUUUACAAUAUAUGAGUCUGUCCAUGUCAGUCAUUAAGUAUGAUGAUGUUAGACAGCGCCUUCUUAGCAGUGCAAAGGACGAAGAUAUUUCUCCCUUCACAGCUGUUGACAAGCUUUUUGGCUUUAAUGGCGGUAAACUGAGAAUGGAUGAACGGAUUGACCUUAGCAUGAGUGAUCCUGACUUGGUGCCUCUUAUAAUUCAGGAAAAUUAUAUCAAUUAUAAGCCAAGUUCAAUUGGCAAAGAUGAUAAUGGGAUGAAACGAAUGAAAAUGAUUGCCCGCGCUGCUGAGUCUAUUGCCGAUGGAGAUAUAAUAAAUGUGCAGAUUCGAAGAUAUCAACGGUGGCAGCUCUCUCAAACUGGUUCCAUUGCUUCCUCUAUUAUUCCGGCUGCAUUGCUGCAUGGACAAAGGGAGACACUUGAACAGGGAGAACGGAAUUUUAACAGGUUUGGUGGGUGGCUGGGAAGGAAUUCAACCAUGGGCAAAAAUCUUAGGCUUUUGGAGGACUUGCAUGUUCAUCUCCUUGCUUCUCGUGAGUCUAAUUAUGGAAGAGAGACUCUUCGACUUGAAUAUCUUACCCUUCUUUUAAAACGAUUGACUGAUCCUCUUCGAGUGCUGCCUAAGGAUGAAGCUGUUGAGAAGGUUGUGGACUUCAUGAAUACAUAUUCAAUAAGUCAGGAAGACACUGAUACUAUUGUCGAGUUGUCAAAAUUUCAGGGCCACUCAAAUCCAAUGGAUGGCAUCCCAUCUACUGUCAAGGCAGCCUUGACCAGAGCAUAUAAAGAAGGAAACAAAUUUAGGAUGGUACGAACUGCAGACUUAGUCCCACUUCCUGGCAUGAAAAAGGUCCCUAAGAAGCGAAUUGCAGCGAUCCUAGAACCAUCUGAUGAUGGUUUAGCUGAGGAAAAUGGUGAUGUGUUAGCAGCAAACGAUGAAGAAAACUCUUCUGACACAGAGGGCACAGAAGCUCCUGAUGGUGAGCAACUGAAGUCUGAACUUAAUAGUUUGAAGUCAAAAGGAAUUGAAGUAGAGAUGGAAAUAAAGGGAGCUGGAAAUUCAAAUGCUAAGAAGAUGCCGACAGGCAGAGGAAGAGGUGGGUCCUCAUCUGCAGCAAAGAAACCAGCUGGCAGAGGAAAAGGGACUUCUGGGUCCUCAGAGAAGGCAGGAUCUAAGAGAAAGAGAUGAGAGAUGAGAGUGAUUGUGGAGUAGCCAUCGACUGGUGUAGCAGUGUAAGUAGGUUUCUGUUUUUCUAGGUUAGCUGGAGAAAGCGGUUGGUGAAUGUCACCAUAGUAUCUGUUUGAAGCCCACUUUUUCUGUGGUGAAAUUUUGUUAACCGGUUUUCUUUUGGGUAAAUAUUUUCUGAUUUGGUUGCUUUUAACAAAUGCAAUUUGCUUGUAUUUUGUGGACAAAAAUAUUUAAUCGGUCAUACGUUUCCGGUUUUCCCUA